GAGCACAGCGCAGGAGGAAGAGUCUCGGGGCCGGAGGGGAGUCCCACCAGUGACUCCAGAGGAGCCGAACAUCGCCGGGAGGAUCGUCUCCGCCCUCCGUCCUCAUCCACAGACACCGCGACGCUUCCAGCGCGCGCUGCUCCUCUCCGCUGUUCCAGAUGUGUCGGCCGACCGCGGCGCUGUGCGCGGCGCUGUGCGCGGCGCAUCUGUGCGCGGCGGCCAGAAUCCAGCUGCUCAACCACCGACCGGUCAUAGGUGUGCUGGCGCAGGAAAACCUUCCAGGAGACCAGUUUGCUCGCGGCUCGUCCUACAUCGCCGCGUCCUACGUCAAGUACCUGGAGGGGGCCGGGGCGAGAGUCGUGCCCAUCAGAAUCAAUCGCACAGAAGAAGAAUACGCUAACAUCUUUAACUCAAUAAAUGGGCUGCUGCUGCCGGGAGGAGAUGUGGACCUUCAAAAGUCGCAGUUCAGUCGAGCAGCCAGGAUCUUUUACCGAUUGGCUCUGAAGGCCAACGACGGCGGCGACCACUUCCCCAUCUGGGGGACUUGUCAGGGCUUCCAGCAGCUGUCCGUCAUCACGGCCCACAAGAACCUGCUGACCCUCACCGACACCAAGGCCGUGGCUCUACCGCUCACGCUCACACCAGCGGCCCUGUCCAGCCGAGUCUUUCGAGGUUUCCCCAAGGAUCUGCUGCAGUCCCUGAUUGAGAAGAACAUCACCUCCAACUUCCACAGCUGGAGUCUGUCUGUGCAGAACUUCAGCCGAAAUGCCAAGCUGAAGAGGUUUUACAAGGUCCUGUCCACUAACAGUGAUGGGAAGAAAGAAUUCAUCUCAACUAUGGAAGCAUACCGCUACCCUUUCUAUGCAGUGCAGUGGCACCCAGAGAAAAGCUCCUUUGAGUGGAUCGAUAAGCCGGGCAUGAUUCACUCCACUGCUGCCGUAGCGGUCUGCUUCUACACCGCCAGCUUCUUUGUCUCCGAAGCCAUGAAGAACCAGCACCAUUUCUCCAGCGCCGCGGAGGAGGAGAGAGCUCUCAUCUAUAACUUCUCUCCCGUCUACAGAGGCGCCGACGCCAUUUUUGUGCAGAAUUAUUACUUUGAUUGAUUGACAGCUCAGUGCAGUCGGAAUUGAUCCUCAGUGGAACAAGUUAUAAAACAAACAUCAAAUCAGUGAUAGAUGGCUAAACUUGGCUAAAUGUGCAGAUAGUGACAGUGAUGAAAUGAUGGGAUUAAUAAAACAAGACGUGCAAAAUAAAAGGAAUGUGAACAACAAAGUUGAAUACAAAGCCUGAUGUCAAUGAUGAGAUUCCAUUCAUCCAAAUAACUGACGACGCUCAAACAACAAGGUACGGGAUUCUACCUGAAGUUACUUACUUCUCAAAAUGUAAUUAAUUUGAACUGAAUUAAAAGUCAUAAACACAUGAUCAAAUA